UAUUUAAUUGCAAACAAUAAUAAAAAAGGAAAAACAAGCCAAACUCUGCUAUUUCACUUGACAAAAUGUAUAGAAGCAGUGCACCGAAACGCACAGGCAUUUAUCGUGUCAAGGGAAACAUCAACGAUUUCCAGCUGGAGCUGAAAUUAAGGCACGUUAGCGAAUGGCUGCCUGUCCCGAAAUUUGAAUAUACGGGCGCCAAAGUCAACUACGGCGACCAUUAUCCGGAGAGUACGAGCACAAGUGGUUGGUCAGACUGUUUCAUCUAUGUGCCCUACGAGGAUCAGUAUGGCAAUAACUAUUACACCUACUACAACUAUUAUAAUCCCGGCAGCGAUUAUCCCGGCAGCAGCAGUCGCGCCACCAGCUGCAGCAGCAGCGCGCGCAGCGGCCGCAGCAGCUUUUACAGCAGCAAUCAGUCGGAGCUGAUAGACCAACAGCAGAAGCAGCAGCUGACAGGCGAGACAGGAUUCCAUGCCCUGAAUCCGGAACUGUGCAAUGGCGCAACGGCCAACGUUUGCAUUAGCUGGCAGCAAAAGUGCUUCAGUCGCGAGGAGCUGCAGCGCUACGGCGAACUGAACAACUGCCAGACGUCGUUGCAGCGUCGCUACCAUCGCUGGACGCGCGACAUUGUGGAGCUGCAGCAACGCUACCAGCUCCGAGUGCAGCACGCCGAGCAGAAGCAGCGCGUGCGACGUCGCCGGCAAAACAAAACCUCAAAAACGAAGUCGAAAUCUUCGCCGCUCUCCGAGUUCAGCGUGGAGGCGCCAACGGCGCUGCCCGAGGACCCGGACUUCGCCACACGCACCUGCCUCAUACACACACUCAUCAAUGCGGAUCUGCGAGAGCUUGACGCAGGCGAUCCCCAGCUGCCCGCCGAGGCGCACGAGCUGCAGCAGCAGGGCUUUCAGCUAAUGUACAUCUAUGCCCAGCUGCAGCAGGAUAUGCUGCUGCUCUGCCUGCGCUACGAUCCGGCGUGCGGCCUGCUCUAUGUCUAUCCGGACUUCAGCCUGAGCGCGGAAGACUUGGAGUAUGUGCUGCAGAUUGACAACGAUUGCCGGCAGCUCUACGCGUACGGCUUUGAGAACGUGACCGUGGUGAAUGUGCUCGAGCAGGAUCACGUUGAGUCGGCAGCUCAGUCGCAGCGAGAUGCGGAGCUGGAGCUGGAGCUUGACUGGGACUCGCUGCCGGGCUCCGAGGCCAGCGCCGAGCAGCUGGUCAACUACUAUCAGCAGCAGCGCAGCAGCGAGUCGGCCCAGCGACGCCUGCUGCAAUUCCAGCUGCCGCCCAAGCGCAUGCGCCGCGUCGUCCUGCUGCUGCAGCUGCACGAGGCACAGCACUUCGAGUACCCCAAUGUGCACGUGCGCUACUAUGUCAAUCCGCCGUCGCAUACGAUACUGGAGCCAGCCAAUAAGCAUGAUCCGUUUCCGCUGCGUGGCGCCACAGCCACCUGUGUGGCGGGCGGAGCUGAGCGCCUGGCUCACUUCUCGCACUGCUGGCAGCUGACGCUGCUCUGCGAGGAGUCGCAUCAGCCCCAUCAGCUGCUGCACAUCUACUUCGAGGUGAUCAGCGUCGACAGCUGGCAGCGUGAGCGCUGCGAGGGCUACGCCCAUUUCUCCUGCUCGCUGCUGGCGCCGCUGCCCAGCGGCGUCUCUUCCGGCAUGCGGCUGCAGUGCAUCCGUCCCGUGGGCAGCUGGCUGGAUGCGCUCAAUCGCUAUUUCAUUGGCGGCCGUGCGCUGUUCGACUUCGUUGGUUACUUCAAAAGCCGAUCCCGCGAGAAUAUGCUGCACAAUCGCAUGGAGCUCGGCCGACAGCAUGUGAUGCGCAGCACCGGAACGCUCCUCUUCAGCGUGCAGAAGCUGCAGCAGCGCCACCAACAGUUCGGCUACUAUCUGCUCCAGGAGCACAGCAACGAUGACGACGACAACUACAACGACGAUGCCGCUGCUCCAGGCUGCUGCCAGCUCGAUCCCAAGCCCAAGUCCAGUGUCUCUGCCACGCUGCAGGAGGUGAUGUCUGCCUAUGUGGAGGCCAGGGAACGCAUCGAAGCACUGCUCGGGACUGCAACGCUGCCCUAGAAUGUGUUCCAUUAACACACAGACAACGACUCCAUGCAGCCAACACUUGCCUCCCGACUCACUUCAUCCAUCGAA